CUUUUUUUUUCAACCAUGGACUCUAAAAUAGAAAUAGAAAUUGUCGGUUUGAUUAAAGAUCGUAGUUUUCAUGUUGCAAGAAAUAUUGCCGAGGGACUAAAACAGAAGAUUCCUGAAAAGUUUCUGGAUCCAAAAAUUAAAUCACUCCUCGAAUUAGACUGGCACACAUAUCUGUGCCAAAAGAAAAGGGAGCUGCGUGGUGAAGUGUGGCAGUACUCCAGCAGCCUGAUGUGCUUUCUGAACGGCCUUCUCCUGGGUAAUGAGAAGGACCUCGCAAGCUGGGCCAAGAAUCAGUGGAAUUUUUCUUUCACUCGGCCACAGGCUUUCUAUAUGGCUCUCACUGAAGAUUACUACAAAAAACACCUCCAGGACACUGGGCAUCAGUUUGUCUUCAUGGACAUUGAGAUAGCAGGAGAGGCAGUAGGGAGGUUAUUGUUUGAGUUGUUCUCAGAUAUUUGUCCGAAGACAUCAAAGAACUUCGAGGCUCUGUGCACAGGAGAGCGAGGUCGAUCAGAAAGUGGCCUCCCUCUCUGCUACAAGGGCUCCCUGUUUCAUCGUGUGGUGCCCAACGGCUGGGUGCAAGGUGGAGAUAUAUCUCCAUUGAGGAAAGGGGAUGGCGGGGAGUCAAUCUAUGGCCCAACGUUUGAAGAUGAGAGCUUUGCUGUGUCCCAUACUAAACGUGGCACUCUAGGAAUGGCCAAUAAGGGUCUUCACAGCAAUGGAUCCCAGUUCUACAUAACCCUACAGCCAACACCCUGGAUGGACAUGACCUAUGUUGCCUUUGGUCACGUGGUUGAGGGUGUCGACAUCCUGAGGAGAUUAGAAGAAGCUGUGACCUGCAAUGAAAGGCCCAAAUAUGAAUGUAAAGUAACAGACUGUGGAGUGUUUGAGUUUUAAGUGUCAUUCGUGGAAUAAAUUAAACCUGAGCUACAUUUAA